ACUAAGGAGGUGACAGAAGACUGACAAUCUCCUACCUCUUCCCAAGCUCACAGUGAGCACCUUUGGUGCACUGAGGUGCACAGGGUUCCUUAGCCUGGCCUAGGGUGUGCAGUCCAGCCUGGGCUCUGUGACUUCUGCAAGAGAAAGCAUGGCUGGGCAUUGGGUGCUGCUUCUAGUGGGCUUCCUUCUCCCUGGGAUCCUGCUCUCAGAGGCUGCAAAAAUCCUGACAAUGUCUACACUGGGUGGAAGCCAUUAUCUACUGAUGGACCGUGUAUCUCACAUUCUUCAAGAUCAUGGUCAUAAUGUCACCAUGCUUCGUCAGCGAGGAAAUUCUUUAAUAUCAGAUUUUAAAGAAGAAGAAAAAUCAUACCAAGUUAUCAGUUGGCUUCCGCCUGAAGAAUAUCAAAAGGAAUUUAAUAAGAUUGCAAGUUCGUUUAUAAAAGAAGUUUACAAUGAAAGGGAAGCAUUUGAAAAGUUUUUAAAGCUUGUGGAACAACUGGGAUUUCAGUGCAGUCAUUUGCUAAGCAGAAAGGAUAUCAUGGAUUCCUUACAGAAUGAGAACUUUGACCUGGUGGCAGUUGAAAGUUUUGACUACUGCCAUUUCCUGAUUGCUGAGAAGCUUGGCAAGCCAUUUGUGUCUGUUCUUCCUGCCACAUUUGGCACUAUGGACUUUGGGCUCCCAAGCCCCUCAUCUUAUGUUCCAGUAUUCCACUCCCUGUUAACUGACCACAUGGACUUCUGGGGCCGAGUGAAGAACUUUCUGAGUUUCUUUAUUUUCUCCAGGAAGCAAUGGCAAGUUCAGUCUGUAUUUGGCAACACCAUCAAGGAGCAUUUCCCAGAAGGCUUGAGGCCAGAUUUGUCUGAUCUCCUACUGAAAGCAGAGCUGUGGUUUGUUAACUCUGACUUUGCCUUUGAUUUUGCCCGGCCCCUACUUCCCAACACUGUUUAUGUUGGAGGCUUAAUGGCCAAACCCACUAAGCCAGUACCAGAAGACUUGGAGAACUUCAUUGGGAGGUUUGGAGAUUCUGGUUUUGUCCUUGUUUCUAUGGGCUCCGUGGUGGACAUCACUAGCUACCAAGAAGUCCUUAAGGAGAUGAACAGUGCCUUUGGCCACCUCCGCCAAGGGGUGAUAUGGAAGUGUAAGCAUUCCCACUGGCCCAAAGAUGUCAAGGUGGCUGCAAAUGUGAAACUGAUGGACUGGAUUCCUCAGAGUGACCUCCUGGCUCACCCCAGCAUCCGUCUGUUUGUCACCCAUGGUGGGCAGAACAGCAUCAUGGAGGCCAUCCAGCAUGGGGUGCCCAUGGUGGGCAUCCCUGUUUUUGGAGACCAGCCAGAAAACAUGGUCCGAGUAGAAGCCAAAAAGUUUGGUGUCUCUAUUAAUUUAAAGGAGAUAAAGGCAGAGACAUUGGCUCUGAAGAUGGAACAAGUCAUAGAAGACAAGAGGUACAAGUCUGCAGCAGUGGCCGCCAGUGUCAUCAGACGCUCCCACCCCCUGACCCCUGCCCAGAGGCUGGUGGGCUGGAUCGACCACAUCCUGCAGACAGGGGGCGCCGCACACCUCAAGCCCUAUGCCUUCCAGCAGCCCUGGCAUGAGCAGUACCUGCUGGAUGUCUUCCUGUUUCUGCUGGGACUCACUCUGGGCACCGUGUGGCUUUGUGUGAAGCUGCUGGGUGUGGUGUCCAGGUGGCUGCGUGGGGCCAGGAAGCUGAAGGAGACAUGAGGCCGAGUGCAGCCCUGGGAGAUGGGUGUGUUUGGUGGCAGCAUCCCCAUCUCUUGGGGGCUUCCCCCAGUUCUGGCAACCCUGUUCUCCACAUCACAUCCACUUGCUAUUUUGCUGCAAAUUCCUCCUCAUGAGCUUUGUCCUGUUAGCAGAAUCUUUUCCAAGCACUUAUGGUCUGUAUUCACCAGUCAGCAAGGGCUGUGCUGUGAUUCUAUCUCUGAGUGACUUGAACCAUUGACCCUCAUAUUUUCAGCCUUCAGGCCCACUUUCCUUCUCAUACCACUUUGUGCAUCAUUAAGCCUGACCAUCUCAGCCUCCAUGUCUAGAUCUCAGCCUCUUGCCCCACUCCUGCCCCCAGAACUUGUCAGGGAAUAUCUGUCCAAAUUUUCCCUUGUCUUUGCUGCUCCUGCACACUCAGUGCUCAGGAAGCCCUGCAUGCAGGGUCGGGCACACCCUUGGAGAGCUUCACAUUUGCAACCUGCCUCUGGUGCCCACAGAUAGCUCCUUGUUGGCUGAUCAGGCAGGGAGCUGUGGGUUUCCAGAUUUCCAGGAAAGGAAAAAUUUUCACAAAAUGUUUCCCCUGCAACCUACACUGCCCCACUGGCCAAGAGAUUUCUGUCCUAAUUGCCCAGACUUCUGUCAUCUGGCUCUCAAGGCUGUAGGGAAGCUGGAAAGUGUCUGCAUUGGCAGGUGACAAGGACAAAGGGAUCUGGGAGUGGCUGUGGGGUAAUCUAACCUGUAGUGUCUGAAGAACAUGGAAAAUGGCCAAACAAUGCUCCAGAAUGAACAAUCUUCUGAUGUUUUUGUCUUGGCCUAUGUUUAUACACCAAAGCAGCAAGCAAUCGCGGACAUGAGGGGAAUGCAAACUUCUGUUUCUUGGUUACAGUCUCUGGCUGGGCCUGAGGAAGCACAAGGCACUGAGUUGGGCUCAAAGACUUUCUGGGUGUGAUGGGGACCCGUAGAUAGGCAGAGGGACCAGGUGAUUUCAGUGAUGGAGCCCCAGCCCUUGAUUCCUGUGUAGAUCAGAAGAGGGAAGGAAUCAUGGAACCAAGGCUGUGGAACCAAGGCUAGCACAGAAAGGGCUGAAUGUUAUCACCAACCAGUGGGAACUAAGCCUUAGGUGGUAUAAAAAUGAUGAAAGCCUCGCUAUUUAUGGUUAUAUAGAAAUGUGAUUUCCAAAUUAAUUCUCUUUGGAGUCAGUGUGGCUCUGCGGUCCUCUGUACAAAACAUUUUGUUUUAAUGAGUGGGAGAUAUGUAUCCAUGUCAAAAUGUCUUAUUAUGUACAGAAGAAUGGGGACUUCAGACUUACUGAUAGGGGCUAGAAUUCACCUGAGCAACCAUGCAUGGUGUGUUUUAACCAAGCCUACCCCUGUGUUUGCUAACUCUCCUCCCUUUUGGCUGGCAUUCAGGUUUGGAAAGUGCUGAGGUAGGUGUCAGGACGGAGGAAAUGGAGCAUGUCAGAGGGACUUUCUCCUUCUGGGGCUGCCACAAUCUGCAUGUAGUUAGAUGCUGUAUGCAUUAUAAAGAUCAACAAGAAGAGAAAAUUAAAAUUAAACUCAUAUAACUGAUAGCUUCCCAGAAAUAAAAAAAUAAAUACCCGAUUGUAAGAGAACUAUCUCCUGAACUCCUAUUAGAAGGCUUUGUGGAGAGCUAGUGAGUCCAGAGAAAUCAGGUUGUGAAGCAGGUUCCCUGUGCGCUGGUUGCCAGUUUGUCUGAGUCCAGUGAGACAGACGCCCCACACAGAAGUUAGAUGAAGUGUGUUUAGUGGCCUGAAAUAUCCAGGUUUCCAAAGGAAUCCUAAAGUAGAGGAACAGAAACAUAGAAUAAGUGGGAGAAAUGGAAACAUGAUAGAUUUAAAUAUAUACAAUGUAUGUAUUUAAUACAUACAGUGUACAAACAGUGUACAUAUGUACAUUAAAUACUUAUGUAUAUGUAUUUACUACAUACCUUAAAUACUUAUGUAUAUGUAUUUAAUACAUACAUUAAACACAUAUAUAUUUAAUAUGUAUAUUGUAUGUAUAUGUAUGUGUUCAAAUAAAAGUUUGACAGACUUGAUUAAAAAUAUGAAACUAAUUGCUGUGUCAAAAGACACAUCUAAAAUAUUAGGAUACAGGAGAGUUGCAUACAAAAGGAUAGGAGAAGAUAUGUCAUGCAAUACUAAUGAAAAAUAAAAACUAAGCAGUAAUAAUAUCAUACAAAAUAAACUUUGGGUGAAAAGCUUUAUUAGAGAUAAAAAUGAUGUUUCAUAAUGAAAAUUAACUGUUUCACUGGGAAGAUAAGGUACCUGAAACUAUAUUUGUAAAUGUGUAUGCAUCUAACAAUGUGGUCUUUAAGACUGUACACAAAACUUGCCAUAAGGAGGAAAAAUGAAAUCAUAGUGGGAAAGUUGUAAAAACAUUUUAAUGAAAAAUUUCAAACAUUUAUAAAAGUAGAACUGCCUCAUGCCCAACGCUUAGCUUGCUGCCAAGUUCUCUUUUCUUUAUAUUUACACCCAAUUCUGAGCUUGCUUCCCCCCACCAAAUUAUUUUGAGAAAAUCCCAGACAUCGUAAAUGUUCAUCUGUAAAUGUUUUAGAAUGCACCUUAAGAGAGAAGGAAUUUCUUCUUGUGUAAUCACACUGGCAUAUAACUCUUCUACAAAGCAAUAGUAACUACUGAGUGUUAUGAAAUUUUAUGUUCAAACAUCUCUGAUGCUCCUAUAAUAUUUUAGAGUGUCUUUGCGUCAUACUAUCUAAAGUGUUGGCACUUCUGGUACCUGGCCCUUCCUAUCUCUUUCCUUGUUUGAUUUUGUAGCUUUUUCCAUUAACAUAUUAUCUGUGAUGUGUUUAAAAUCUGUCUGCCCAGUAGAACAAUGCCUGGCAUGACUCCCUAGCAAUAUAAUUCUUGAAUAAAUGAAAACCUUGUUGCUUGAU